UUCCAGAGUAGGGCAUGUGACUCUGUGACUACCACAGUGAUACAUUGUUCAUCUGGUUUGAGCAUACAUCUGCUGGUAUGAACACACACUCCUGAUAUAUGAUGCAUGGCCAGAUAAAUGACUUAGGUACUCUGUUGUUUUCAGAUAUUGGAUGUGGAUGAGGCACCUGGCACAAAUUGCAUAAAUGCAUGUAUUUGCAAACAUGCCACAACACUGGCAAGUCUGACAUUGUUUUUUUCAAGUAACUGGAUGAAACCACCAUGGCACAAAAAACACCCAGUUUGUGGGCUGUGCUGUUGAAAAGCAUGGCUGGCAUGGGUCAUCAAAGCAGCAGACAGUCCAAUGUGGCUCUGCUGCUUCUUUUUCUAUGCAUAUUCCAGUGUGUUCCGGCAGGAAGGGGGCAUUCUUGUCACAGUUGUGCUGAUCCAUUUAUGUGGAAAAAGAGCUGUGAUAACCAGGUAAAGAAGAUUGUGGACUUCUCUGGUCUCUGUCCAAGAUGUGAAUCAGCAGUUUCAUGCAGCCACCAGAUUGCCGAAGGUCUGCCACCUACAGGAUGCAUUUUUGCUAAAGGAUGCCCGGCGAACGCGAGCGGCGAGCCGUCUCUCCUGCAGUGCAACGGACCCUCCGGACCAUCCUGCAAAUGCCCCGACCAACCGGACGGGGGAGCGGGAGCGGGAGUGGCCGGUUGGCUGGAGGACCUCGUCACCGUCACGGCCUACCCGUACGUAUGCAACUGCACCGUCGAAACCGGCUUCACCACGGCGCUCGACAUACGCGUCAACCUCACCGGCUGGAGAGCGCUGGGUCUGGUGCUGCUGCGGGGCCUCAACAACAUCAGGUGUGUCGAGUUCCGGUUGUCGCCGGCGGCGGCGGGCCACUCGCCUGCCCGGCUGCAGUACGACUGUCCGACCUUCCCGCCCAAGGACCAGGGUACCCGGGUGCAGCUGCAGCUGUGCGCCGGCAUGCAGACGGUCAACUACCGCCUGCGGCUGCCCUUCCUCAACAACAUCUCGGAGCCGGCGCUCGCCUCCUGGGAGCCGCUGGUGCUGGUGCACAUGCACCGCUGGGACCGGCUGGUGUUCAGCGUGCAGCGGGCGCCGCCGACGCUCUGCGUGCGCCGCUACUCUCUGCAGCUGGUGCUGUGCGAGCGGGCCGACUGCCAGGCGCACCGGCCCAUCGUCGGCACCGAGCUGCAGCGCGAGGAAGACUGUUCGAAGAGUGGGACGGACGCUGGCAGCUUCCGCGUGGAGUACGAGCUGCCGUCGGUCGGUGGCAACAUCUCGCUGCUGGUGGUGCCCGAGGGCGGCCGGCCCACCCUGUCAGCGGCCAUCGACUACGCGACUCCGGACACGCUGUACAUAGUGGCUGUGGUCAUCCUGGUCACCGUACUCCUGCUGGUUGUCGCCGUCGUCGUCUGGAUCAAGUACUUCCGCAAACUACCCAAAUGCCUGGACGUGCUGGUGGUGUACAACCGCAACACGAAUCUGGUCCGGCUGUUGGCGUCCGGCCUGGAAAAGUACUGUCUGGUGAAGCCAAAGAUGGACAUUGUCGACAUCCCGCGAGCGGACGCCGGAAUGGACCCGGCUGAGUGGCUGACAACGGAGCUGAAGCGCUGUCGGCAUGUGUUGGUGCUGGUGUUCCCCGAUACGACGGCGCCGCCCAUCUACCCUCGCCUCUUCUCGAUGGCGCUUCACCACCUCAAGAUGGACGCCGGCAGGAAGACGAGGCCCCCCGAGCGGCGCGACUAUGAGUUCGCCAACCACGUGCCCUCGGUAGACGAGCUGUUGGAGAAUGGUGGCCCGCGCCUGUCGCUCGGUCCACCCGGCCGCCACGCCGCGGCCGCCGCCGACCAGGACGACGACGAUAUUCAGUGGCACUAG